UCAGUCAGCAGACCCACAGGUGGCAUUCUGAAGCUCAAGAUAGUUCCCAUUUCUGGGAGAACACUGAGCAGGCCCAUCUUGAGCAUGCCAGGGCCAGGACACAGCCUCCACUCGAGGAGCAGGGGAAACCUUGCAGCCAAGGGCAGCCUGAGCUGCUACAAACCAUGGUGAUCCAGGCCUGGCUAUGUUCAUCUGCAGUUUCCAGACAGCAGGAGAGCAGAGUCCCAUGGCUGCCUUGUACAUCUGGACACAGCCACUCCUGAGAAUAUUCAGCUGCAUGCUUGGCACUCUUGGCAGGAAACUUACACAAUGUCUGGAGCCCUUGAUGUCCUGCAGAUGAAGGAGGAGGAUGUCCUCAAGUUCCUUGCUGCAAGAACCCACUUAAGUGGCAACAACCUUGACUUUCAGAUGGAGCAGUACAUCUACAAAAGGAAAAGUGAUGGUAUCUACAUCAUAAAUCUGAAGAAGGUCUGGGAGCUCUUGUUUGCAGCUUGGGCUAUUGUUGCCAUUGAGAACCCUGCUGAUGUCAGCACAUCUCCUCCAGGAAGGAUUACCAGUAAGCUGCUGAAGUUUGCUGCCGUCACUGGAGCCACUCCAAUUGCUGGCCACUUCGCCCCUGGGACCUUCACUAACCAGAUCCAAGCAGCCUUCAGGGAGCUGUGGCUUCUAGUGGUGACUGAUCCCAGAGCUGACCACCAGCCCCUCUCAGAGGCAUCUUAUGUCAACCUGCCCAACAUUGUGCUAUCUAACACAGACUCUCCUCUGUGCUAUGUGGACAUUGCCAUCCCAUGCAACAAUAAGGGAGCUCACUCAGUGGUUCUAAUGUGGUGGAUGCUGGCCCAGGAAGUACUCCGCAUGCGUGGCACUAUCUCCCGUGAGCACCCAUGGGAAGUUAUGCCUGAUCUUUACUUCUACAGAGACCUAGAGGAGACUGAGAAGGAACAGGCCACUGCUGAGAAGGCUGUGACCAAGGAGGAAUUCCAGGGCAAAUGGACUACACCAGCUCCUGAGUUCACUGCUGCUCAAACAGAGGUGGCAGACUGGUCUGAGGGUGUACAGGUGCCCUCUGUACCCACCCAGCAGUUCCCUACUGAAAAGUGGAGUGCUCAGCCAGCCACUGAGGACUGGUCAGCAGCUCCCACAGCGCAGACCAAUGAGUGGGUUGGAGCCACCACUGCGUGGUCCUGAGCUCCUCUGCAGACACCUGAGCAAAGGGAAAAAAGGUGGAAGGAAAAUAAAGUUCUUAUAAGCUGAAAAAAAAAAGACUUGUGCACUAAAGUCUUCUUUCUUAGUUUCUAGCCUUUGUGGACUUAUAUUCCACCCUUACAAUUAUAUGACAACUAUUAUUUCUAUUAAAUUAAUUUCUUUAAUAUGGCUUAAAUUACAAUUUAAUUAUAAUAUUUUCAGUGAUAAUCACAUGAUGUCAAUCUAACAUUUUAAAACAGAAACCAAACUAUGGAAGAAUUUUUAAAAUGUAGUUUUCUUUAUCUCAUAUUGAACUGAAUAUAGCUUUCAUAUUUACCACAUGGGCUUCUAAAAUCUUGGCUAUAUGAACAGAAGUUUUAGUUUUUUAGGUCAAUAUGUAAUGAAUUUAGUCAUGUCAUAAUUUUUGUGUGCAUGCAUGUGUGUGUGUUUGUUUGUGCAUGUGUGUUUGUGUGUGUGUGUGUGUGUGUGUGUGUG